AUGAAGAGAUGCGCGAGCAUGUCUGCGGCCCCGCCUCCGGGUGGGAUCCAUCCUCUCUCUCUCUCUCACUCAGCAGCCUCCUUCUGGACCAUUACCUUCUCACAGAAGGUGGCUACGGCCCUCUAUGCCGUAUCUCCACUCAGCAUCGCCGACACGACUGCUGGUAGAGAGAGGCCCCGUCCGACUUUGCCCGUUAGGGUAGAGCGUUCCGAUUCCCACGCUGGAUCA